AUGGCAGGGUCUGCAUCACAGGUGUGCGGCUUUAAGCAACUAGCAAUAAAUGGAACCAGUUACAAAGAUCUGUCGCUUAAUCUGUCUGGCGAUGACGACAUUAAGAAAGCCUUGAGAGAACUUGAAGAACUUUCACGGAAAUGCUCGAAAGACUUCCGUAAAAUUAUUGGAAACAUGAAAGAGUGCGUGUUGCUGGAAAAAUCUAAAUUAAAUCGUUUUUCUACUAUAACAGAAGUCAAUGUGCAAAGCAUUUUAGACGUUAUAUCUUCAAUGAAUGACAUGGUGCAAGUCAGUGUAGAAGACUUCAACGGAAUCGAUAAAACAACAAAAGCUUUAAUGACAACCUGCACAUUGAGAAUUGUUCAGAAGCAAAAUUUGGCAUCCAAAAAAGAACUUGAACAAACAAAGAUGGAAAAUCAACUAAAGGAAUAUGAAUGUAAACUAAGGUGGCUGGAAGCUGAAAUAACACAACUCAACAGAGAUGCAGAUGAACUGUUAAACAGAGCUUACGAACUGGACAAUGAAGAGAAAGAAAAAGAAAAAAGGGCUGGAGCAAGUUUUCUCUUUGGUACUGUUCUAGCAGUAGUGACUGCACCGUUUUCGGCCGGACUAAGCUUGGCCGCAUUGUCUGUUGGUGCCGCCGCAGGUGGCUUCAACCUUACCAACGCAUCAGGGUGCCGUUCAGGCGCUAAAAUAAAGAGGUCCUCUGCGGAAGAAAAGAGAGACGAAUCGCGACAGCUUGAAGCAAAGAAAUCAUCGUUGGAAUGCGAUAUGGCAAAUAAUAAAAUAAGCAUCGACAACUUAAGACGUGAGAUUGGAACCCUACUGUCGGAUGAAAAAGUGCUGAAGGAAUUGGAAAUGGGGACGAAAACGUAUCUCAACGUCCUUUUUGAAAUCGAUAAAAAUCACAAGCUCAUAAAGCAGCUUUUAAUAACGCUAUCUUUAGAAACAGAGUCAUUCCAGAUGGAACAAAUACUCAAUGAAGGCGAAUACGAAAUAAAAGAGAAAACAAACACGGGUUCGAAUGAAAGUUUUCAGAUGUUGCUGGACGCAUGGGAUUCAUUGAAAAUUACACUUGAUGACUACUAGCGAUACUGCAAUGGAAGAAAAAGAAGAGAAGAAAUAACAAUAUGCUGAAUGCAGAGUCUGUAUCGCUGGUUUGAAUCAAGAUUGGAGAUUCUCUGAAAAAUUAGUUUUUCUUUAAUUUUGGAUGUCAACUAAAUAUUGAUUAAAGGCGUGCAAUUACAGAGGGGGGUAAUCACGUGACAAACAAGAUGGCGACGUCCAUGCCGAGGCAGGUUUUUUCGUCGUUAAAUACCCUUUAUUAAUUGUAUUGUUUUUUCUUAUUCCGCUCCCUUUCCAGCCAUAUUAGGAAGAAAUAAACUGGCUUUUAUCUUAUAGUAAUAUUCGCUAUAUAUCUCGACUUUACUCGGUGCAUAAUUUCUUAGCGGGAUGACCUAAUUAGGGCUCCAUUAAGA